UGAUCUGAUAGGACCUCUUUUCAUCAUGUGACGGGAAGUAAGGGCUCUUCGUCUGGAGCGAGAGACUAUAGUCGGGAAUCACAGAUCCAGUAACCCGUUAUGAAUGGAUACAAUGGCCUCCGCUAAAGGAACCCUCGCGCUGCUUGGGCUCAUCGGCCAGCUAGCCUGGCUGAAUAUGAUGAAGGGGAAGCCGAAAAUAAACUCACAGCUGCAAGACGUUUGUGGUGUUAAAUUAUUCAUCAUUGUGAAACCAUUGCAGGUUAUUCCAUAUGAUUAGGUCCCGGCAUGGGGGACAUGAAGACCCCAGAUUUCGAUGACCUGUUGGCAGCGUUUGACAUUCCCGACAUUGACGCUAAAGAGGCCAUCCAGUCUGCUCCUGAUGAGGCUGAGGGCCCACACGGGCCAGGCGGUGCUCCUCUGGGAAAGCCAGACGGUGGGGUUGGUGUAGGGCCGUCUCUGAGACCACCUAGCCCCCCAGACCCCCAGGCUGACACCCCUAUUGUCAGCGUUAUUGUAAAGAACCGUGUGCGACCCGACACCAUCGAUGGAGGGGAUGGGGACACAGACCAGGACACUAUGGACGGCAUUGCUGGGGUCGCUGUGGGUCCACGGCUCGGUGCCUGUGCCCCAGGCAUGGCGGAAUCAGAACCACUCAACCACAAUGGGUUUGGGCCCUCUGGUGUGACCCCGCCCCUAACCCAGGCUCAUGCCCAAUCUAAUGGGGAGCCGUGGUCCGUGUGUACCCCCAAAACAGCUUCAGAGGGCGGAGGAUGCGGUGCUGGAUCAACUAAAUCUGCCAAGCAGGUUGGCAAUAUAUUCAACAGACUGAAGCCUCUCAUGGUGCAGGGGUCGGGAGACCCUGUAGGGAAGGCGAGGAAGAUGCAGCUUCUACAGCAGCAGCACUACCAGCAGCAGCAGCACACACAGCAAGAGACGGGCCAAGGAGGAGAUGAUGAGGGCAAAGCGUCGUUAUCCUCCUCUUCAUCAGUCGAGUCUGCUCCUCUUGUCCCAGGAGUGUCAGUUGGAUUGUCCUCUCCUUUCUUCCCGCCUUCCAAGCCUUUGCUCCUGUCUCCGUCAUCCGCCCUCUCCUCACACCCGCUGCACUCAUCUCAGCCGUUUAACGGGGCACCUAAAGCCGGCCCGGCAUUAUUUAGUCCCCGAGACUCAGAGGAGGAUGAUUCCGAUCCGGACCUAGGGCCCCCGCUGCUGAUCCAGGAACCCCCUGACUCCCCCUCCCGCACCCCUCCCAAACUGGCACGUCGUUUUAGGUCCCCUGCUGUCAUCUCUGACUCCACCCAUCCCAUGGCCUCAUCGGCAGCUCACCCCAAACCAGGGGACACUCCCUCGGGCACUAGCGUGACCUCCUCAACUCCCCAGUCAGGCUCCACCAAGAGUCCACCACAGGAAGACAAACACCCAGAGCAUGUUAUAGAAGAGCGGGACUCGCCUGAAAGUCCUGAGCCAGAGAUACCCAAAUUGGCAGCACCAGUAACUGCCAAGAGGUGCUCCAGCCCUGCAGUAGCCUCCACACCGCCCCCCUCUGACCUUCAGGAGCCUAAGGAGGAGGAGGAAGAGAUGGAGGUGGGGAAUGGAAUAGAGAAGGCUAUGGAUGGCAAGGCAGAUUUUGUAAAGGAAGAGGGUGCAAGAACAGGAGAGGAGAAAAUGGAGAUGGAUGAUGGCAAGUCUAAACCUCCAACCACCGAAGGUGGCACCUCAAUUCCAGGAGGGCCUGCUGCUCCUGCCCGGCCCCUCAAAGUGCGGAUAAAGACCAUCAAAACCUCCUCUGGUGGAAUCACCAGAACUGUUACCAGGGUCGCACCCAAAGCAGGUGCUGCCGGAGUCAAGGGUUUGGACCCCAGCAAAGCUCAUCAAGGGGGGCGCAAGGCCCCAGCCAACAGGUCCCGGAAGCCUGACACUCCCUCUGGUCGUAUGGUAGCCUCCCAGCCGCAGAAAGUAAAGAGCCUCAACACACUACCUGUGUCUACACUAGCAGCCAGUAGCGCUAUGCUAGUUGCUGCAACCAAGGCUCAGAACAAGAUGGCUGCCUCCUCAGACAAAGCCAUGGUAUCUGCCACUGCUGUUAGCUUCACUAAAUCUGCCACCCUGCCUGCCGCUCCCUCUGUCUCCUCUCCUAAGUUCUCAGUAGCCACUGGUGGGCUGUGCGUACGUCCUGUCGGUGCUAAAACAGCUAACGGAGGCACCACCAGCGUCCUAGCCAGCACUCACCAGCCAAACAAGCCUGCCUCCAUCGUGAACAGUACGGGUGCCGUCAUCUCCCGCAGUCAGUCUAGCCUGGUGGAGGCCUUCAACAAGAUCCUCAACAGCAAGAACCUGCUGCCCAGUUAUAAACCCGACCUCUCGGCUCUUCCGCCCCCAGAGUGGGGGCUUCCUCUGCCUGCCACGGGCUACCGCUGUCUGGAAUGUGGCGACGCCUUCGCCCUGGAGCGCAGCCUGGCCCGUCACUACGACAGGCGCUCGCUGCGCAUCGAGGUGACCUGCAACCACUGUGCCAAACGGCUGGCCUUCUUUAACAAAUGCAGCCUGCUGCUCCACGCCAGGGAGCAUAAGGAACGCGGGCUGGUCAUGCAGUGCUCUCACCUCGUCAUGAGGCCCGUCAACGUGGAGCAGAUGAUUGGCCAGCAGGACACCACACCCAUUGGCAUGCUCUCCCCUUCUUCAAUCUCCUUUCCUCCCCCAGUCUCCUCCCCCACGUCCGGAGUCCCCGCCGUAUCGUCCAGCUCCAGCCCACUGAAGGACACACGGUCUCCCUCCUCUGCACAGCCAAGACCGGUCCGCCGCGCGGUCCAGAGCCCCCAGGCACUGAUGCCCCUCCCCUGCAAGAAGGGCGAGGUGCUGCAGUACCACAACUUCAAGUGUCCCGAGUGCCAGGCCCAGUUCUCUGGAAAGGCUGAGCUGGUCGCCCACUUCCAGCAGAUCAGAGCUACCCCCAACUCGACCUGUACCCUGUGUUCCCCUCCCAUGAUGCUGCCUAACUGUUGCAGUGUGUCGGCUCACCAGAGGAUUCAUAAGCACCGGGCACCCCACGUCUGUCCAGAGUGUGGGGGCAUCGCCCGGCAGGCCAGCUUCCAGACCCACCUAGAGGAGGCCUGUCUGCACUUCGCCCGCCGCAUCGGAUACAGGUGCUCCAGUUGCCAGGUGGUCUUCGGGGGUCUGAACUCCAUCAAGUCCCACAUCCAGACGGCCCACUGCGAGGUGUUCCACAAGUGCCCCAGCUGCCCCAUGGCCUUCAAGUCUGCCCCUAGUGCACAGGGACACAUCAGCACCCAGCACCCUACCCUCACCGGGGGACAGGCCAAAAUGAUCUACAAGUGUGUGAUGUGCGAUACAGUUUUUACCCAGAAACCGUUACUGUACAUGCAUUUCGACACCCACCUGGCCAAGCAGAAAGUGCAUGUGUUCAAGUGUCCUGACUGCACCAAACUCUACGCGCAGAAAGGUUCCAUGAUGGAACACAUAAAGACUGCUCACAGAGGGCUGUCAGUCAAACAGGAGGGACAAUCCGAUGCCUCCGCCCCUGCCACAGCCCCCACCAACCCCUCCACCCCCUCCCCCCCCAAAUCUAAGCCCUCUGAAAAAACAGACAACUCAGAUGGAGAGGACUGGGGCCGAGACCAAGAAGAAGAGGAGGAGGAGGAGGAAGGAGAGGAAGAGGGGGAUGAGGACUAUGAGAAACCUGAGAAUCAGUCUAGUUCUAUGGAGGCAGGCAGCCAUCGUGGGACCCCCUCAGAAUGGAGCUGCCAGCAAUGUCAGAAGAGCUUCACACAGAGCGACGACUACAUCUCUCACAUGAAAACAGAGCAUGGAAAGGCUAUGAAGAAGUUCCUGUGUCGUGUGUGUGAGAGCUCCUUCUGCACCUCAUCCAGCCUGCGGCGCCAUGUACGCGUAAUCCACGAGGGCAACAAGAGAGUCUUCCACUGCCAAUAUUGCACUGAGGACAAGCGGAGCUUCAGCAGUCGGCUCAUACUGGAGAAGCAUAUCCAGGUCCAUCAUCACGGUGUCAGAUCCACUGAUGGACAGGGCCCUCAGACCAGGAAGCGUUCAGCACCGGGUAAGGGGCCAGGCAGCUCGUCUGAAGCUGACGGGGAGGGGGGGCCACCAGGGGACGAGGAAGGGGGUGGCACGGACAGCGGAGACGCCACAGAGGAGGGGGGCGAGGAGGGGGGCGAGGAGGGCUGCAGUCCCGUGAAGAGAACUCGAGCGUCAGCGCCUCCCGAGCCCGUGGAGGCCGACAACGUGUUCCACUGCGUUCCGUGCGGCUUCGCCACAGAGGACGCCGCCGAGUUCCAGCGCCACAUCCCGCAGCAUCGCGCCGAUGCCGCCUCCUUCCAGUGCCUGCAGUGUGGCGUAUGCUUCGCCUCUGCCGGCUCCCUGGGACGCCACCGUUUCAUCACUCACCGCGUGAGAGACCACCAGGGGGAGUCCGAUCGCAGGCCGCCGCGCACACCUUCCUCCCCGGACAGCUCACCCUCCUCCCCCCUGGAGGGAGAGGACGGGAAGGGGAGUAUGAGCUGCAGGGUGUGCAGGCGGCGCUUCAACAGGGCCUCCGACCUUAACACCCACUUGAGGACCCACGGCAUGGCCUUCAUCACCGCCCACAAGACGGACAAGCCCCAGUAGAUUGAAGCUGCCCCUAGAUGCUGAUCCUGGGUCAGUUUUGCAUUUCCCCCACUAAUUGUUAAGGUUAGGAUUGGGGGAGAGGAAGCUGAUCCUAGAUCUGUAACUCUGGGAAACUUCACCCCAGAGCCGGACAAGCCCCAGUAUGGGGAGGAGGGGUGAGGCCUCGGAGUGACGGACAGGCCUGGGAGAUGAGGGGUUUUGACUUGGAAUCAUUUUUGGGUAGCUGAAUUUGGAUGGAUAGACCCAGAUCUACUUCUGUGCUGUUUUGAGCCAACUGAGCUCUGUGUUUCUUUGUCACUAACUGUGCAGUUAUACUCGCAUGCUGAGCAUCAUACUGAGCAGUGGACUGGACACGCAUGGGAGUUCAGAGGGUCAAGACCACCUGAUCAUAGCAUUUAAAUCAGCCAUAUGUGUCCAUCAACUUUUCAAAUACUUUUUAUUUUUCUGCCUUUAAUAUUAUUGUGUCUCUGUAUCUUCAUGUGAACCAUACUAUAUUUUCUACAUGUGUUUCCUUCUGUAUUGUAUUUCUAUCAGUUGUACUGAUAUUCUUGUAUUUUUUUCACAUUUGUCCAUGUCUUUCUUACUCAUUUCCUUAUCCGUGCCAUGUGUUUUGAAAGGUAUUCUGUCUUGCAUUGUCAAACUCACAUCCACACAGAGCCACUGUACAAAGAAAGCACUCCUUUGGUUGGUCCUAGAUCAGUUUCUAUGGGUCCAUCUCUUUAGUGAGAGCUGGAUAAAACUGUUCUCAAAUCAGUAACCUUAGAGGCAUCUGAAACAAAAAGGGAGUAUUUGGAGAGUUUUAAACACUGAUUUUAAGUAGUAAUAACAUUGUUCUAUUUAUUUAUAUGAAACACAUUGUUGUUGUUUGUAGGAGUCAUUUGCCACCAAUCUUAUAUCAAGAUUAAAUGGUAAAAGUAGUUUGAAAUGGAUGCCACAGACAGUGAAAGGUGAGAUUUAUAUCUGUGUUCCAUACACAUUUCUGUAGUAGACGAGGUUACAUAGAUUAUUGUAACCCGUUUUAUUUUGAGUGGUACAUUGUGUCGUCAAAAUUGUAGCUAGGACGAGAGAUUUUACCUGUGGUGCACGUUGCACUGUAAAUACAUAUACACUAAAAGAAAGCUUUUGGGUUUUAAUUCUUAUGAAAAUGUGAAUUUAAGUAUAGUAUUUGUACUCGUAACAAUUGUAUUUUUUUUUUAAUGCAAAGUAGCUAGCUAUAUUGUCACUCACAAUUAAGCAGAGGGAAUGUGUGAGGGGCUGUAUUGUGUUUUUUUUAAUGUAUUUUUCUCCCCAAUUUCAUGGUAUCCAAUUGGUAGUAGUUAGUCUUGUCUCAUCGCUGCAACUCCCGUACGGACUCGGGAGAGGCGAAGGUCGAGAGCCAUGCGUCCUCCGAAACACAACCUUGACACAAUGCCCAUCCAACCCGGAAGCCAGCCGCACCAAUAUGUCGGAGGAAACACCGUACGUACACCUGGCGACCGUGUCAGCGUGCACUGCGCCCGGCCCGACACAGGAGUCACUAGUGCGCAAUGAGACAAGGAUAUCCCUGCCGACGCUGGGCCAAUUGUGCGCCGCCCCAUGGGCCUCCCGGUCGCGGCCGGCUGCGACAGAGCCUGGACUCGAACCCAGAAUCUCUAGUGGCACAGCGAUGCAGUGCCUUAGACCACUGCGCCACUCGGGAGGCCCUGUAUUGUGUUUUGAUGUGUACGAAUGUUUAUCUCUUUGGUAUGAUUGUUUUCUAACUGCAGAAUCCGUGCUUGCUGUACCCCACUUUCUUAUGUAUCUGUUUCAAAAACCUUGUCAUGUGAAGGAAGCCUUUUUUUUAUUUUGCCCGAUAUUUAUAUUAGAGAAAUAAUGAUUCCACAAGCUUCAGUUUAUUAUUUUCCAUUAUGACUGUAGUCUGCUUGCUGAAUUCCCAUACAGUUUUUGUGCCGUUUCAAAAUAAAUGUGUAAAGGAGAA